AUGAAAGAUGAUUCCGAUGAAGCUUGUGAAGUUGGGGUUUGGGUUGAUGUUGACUUUGUCGUCGUUGUUGUAAUUAUCUUGUCGCCUGAAUCCGUCUUCGAAGAAAAUUUGGUGGUUGUAGCUAAGUUCAGCUCUGAAGUGGACUUGAUAUUUGAACUUGAAGCUGUGACUUUAUCACGAACGAAAGAUCUGGAUUUCCUGGUAGUUGUUGUGAUAAUUGUUGCAGUGUUGAGCAUUUUAGCACUGGUUUUUGUUGUUGUGAUAAAGAAGUUUUCCGAAGAUGACGUUGAAAUAAUAGAUUGCACGCUAUUUGUUUCAACCGCAAGCGCAUUGUCUCCCGAUUCGGACAAGUAUACCAUGACCGGACUUUCAACUUGUCGGUUAAUUGGAGAGGCUGCAUUCUUUGGCACGGAAGGUGAAAAGGUCGCGCUUUUGGAUGAAAAGACGGUACGGGAUGUAGAAGGCUCCUUGAGUUUGGAUGUGGUAGAAAUGAUGGAAGGAGAAGAAGUCUCGACGUUUCUUGCUGGAGGCGUGCUCUGGCUCUGCCACCAAAAGAUCGUGGUCGUAGUCGUUUCAGAUGGUAUGUCACUCGAACCAGGCAAAACUGAGGUUUCAGACUCCGUAGUGGGAUCUUUUUUGUCAGAAGUCGAGAUAGUUAAAGAGGUGGUCGCCAAGAAAGAUAGGUAG